AUGUCAAACCCAAAAGAGAAUUCAUCAAUAAGCGACUCGCAACGAAGAAACACUGAUUCUUCAUUAUCAGAAAAAUCAAUGACAAACACACCUACAACCAACAACACUAAAGCUGAUCAAGGUUUAGUAUCACAAGAAUACUAUAGACUACCAAUUGACCAAGUAGCCAAAGAAUUCAAUACUGAUACAUCAAAUGGUUUAUCAUCAAAAGAAGCAGAAUCAAGAGUUUCCACCUAUGGACCAAAUAAUCUUGGAGAAGAGGAUUCCAUAUCCUACACCAAAAUCUUAGCCCAUCAAGUUUUCAAUGCCAUGAUUUUGGUAUUGUUCAUCAGUAUGAUUAUUGCUCUUGCCAUUAGAGAUUGGAUUUCCGGUGGUGUUAUUGGAUUUGUUGUUGGUAUUAAUAUCCUAGUUGGAUUUGUACAAGAAGUCAAAGCUGAAAAAACCAUGGGUUCGUUGCGUAACUUGUCAUCACCAACAGCAAGGGUAACUAGAAAUGGAGACGACAUAACUGUUCCUGCUGAAGAAGUUGUACCUGGUGAUAUUGUUCAUGUUAAAGUUGGUGAUACCGUACCUGCUGACUUAAGAUUGUUUGAUUCAAUGAAUUUGGAAACUGAUGAAGCAUUGUUGACCGGUGAAUCAUUACCAGUUCAAAAAGAUCAUACACUUGUUUAUGGUGAUUAUUCCGUACCUAUCCCAGUCGGUGAUAGAUUAAACUUGGUGUAUUCUUCAUCAAUUGUUUCCAAAGGUAGAGGUUCAGGUAUUGCUUAUGGAACUGGGUUGAGCACUGAAAUUGGACAAAUUGCUCAGUCAUUGAGAGGCAACUCUGGUUUGAUUCGUAAAGUUGACAAGUCCAAUGGUAAACCUAAAAAGAGGGAAUAUGGUCGUGCUUGUGCUGGAACUAUUUAUGACAUUAUUGGAAAUAUCCUUGGUAUAACUGUUGGUACUCCAUUACAAAGAAAACUUUCAUGGUUGGCCAUUUUCUUAUUCUGGGUGGCUGUUGUUUUUGCUAUUGUUGUCUUGGGUUCACAAAAGAUGAUUGUUAAUCGUGAGGUUGCCAUUUAUGCCAUUUGUGUGGCAUUAUCAAUGAUUCCAUCGGCAUUGAUUGUUGUCUUGACCAUCACUAUGGCUGUUGGUGCUCAAGUUAUGGUUUCAAAAAAUGUCAUUGUUCGUAAAUUGGACUCAUUAGAAGCACUCGGUGGUAUUAAUGAUAUUUGUUCCGACAAGACUGGUACUUUAACUCAAGGUAAAAUGAUUGCCAAAAAAGUUUGGUUACCAAAUGUUGGUACUUUAGAAGUACAGAAUUCAAAUGAACCUUAUAAUCCAACAGUUGGUGAUGUUAGAUAUGCACCAUGUUCACCAUUUUUCAUUAAAGAAACCGAUGAAGAAAUUGAUUUUAAUAAACCAUAUCCUGAUCCAAUGCCACAAAGUAUGCACAAUUGGUUGAUGACUGCUACUUUAGCCAAUAUUGCCACAGUUAAUCAAAGUAAAGACGAAGAACUGGGAGAGUUAGUAUGGAAAGCCCAUGGAGACGCUACUGAAAUUGCCAUUCAAGUAUUCACCACCAGAUUAGAUUAUGCUAGAGAAUCUCUUGUUGACGGAUUUGAGCACAUUGCUGAGUUUCCCUUUGACUCGUCAAUCAAAAGAAUGUCUGCCAUUUAUAAGGACAAAAAAACUGGUGAAACUAGAGUGUACACUAAAGGUGCUGUUGAAAGAGUUGUUCAGUUGUGUACCACUUGGUAUGGUGAAGGUACUGAUGAUUCACAAGAAUUGAAAGAAUUAACCGAUUCUGAUAAACAUUUGAUUGAGGAAAACAUGACGGCAUUAUCAUCUCAAGGUUUAAGAGUGUUGGCUUUUGUUACCAGAACAAUUGAUGGUGAUUUUGAUGAUCGUGAAAAGGUUGAAACCAACUUAACUUUCCAAGGUCUUAUUGGUAUUUAUGAUCCACCAAGAGAAGAAACUGCCGGUUCAGUUAAAUUGUGUCAUAAAGCGGGUAUUAAUGUUCAUAUGCUUACUGGUGAUCACCCGGGUACUGCCAAAGCUAUUGCACAAGAAGUUGGUAUCUUGCCUCACAACUUGUACCACUACUCAGAAGAGGUUGUUAAAGUGAUGGUUAUGACUGCCAAUGAAUUUGAUGCUUUAUCCGAUGAUGAGAUUGAUAAAUUACCCGUGUUACCAUUAGUUAUUGCUCGUUGUGCCCCACAAACUAAAGUCCGUAUGAUUGACGCUUUACAUCGUCGUGAAAAAUUUGCUGCCAUGACUGGUGAUGGUGUUAAUGAUUCACCAUCGUUGAAAAAGGCUGAUGUUGGUAUUGCUAUGGGUCUUAACGGAUCUGAUGUUGCAAAGGACGCUUCUGAUAUUGUUUUAACGGAUGAUAAUUUCGCAUCCAUUUUGAAUGCUAUUGAAGAAGGUAGAAGAAUGUCAGCUAAUAUUCAAAAAUUUGUUUUGCAAUUAUUGGCAGAAAAUGUUGCUCAAGCAUUAUACUUGAUGAUUGGUUUAGCUUUUAUUGACGAAUCGGGAUUUUCAGUUUUCCCAUUAUCUCCAGUUGAAGUGUUGUGGAUUUUAGUUAUUACUUCGUGUUUCCCUGCCAUGGGAUUAGGUCAAGAGAAGGCUAGUGAUGAUAUUUUGGAAAAACCGCCAAACAAUACCAUUUUCACAUGGGAAGUGAUUAUUGAUAUGUUGGGAUACGGGUUCUGGAUGGCAUGUUCAUGUUUGCUUUGUUUUGUUGUUAUCGUCUUUGGUAAUGGAAAUGGAGAUUUAGGAGUUGAUUGUAAUUCAAUGGAUGCUGAUGUCGAUGUAUGUGGAUUAGUUUUCAGGGGAAGAUCAGCUUCAUUUGCAAACAUGACUUGGUGUGCUUUAAUUCUUGCUUGGGAAUGUAUUCACCCAACCAAUUCCUUAUUUUACAUGAGACAAGAUACUGAUAAUCCAUGGUGGAAACAAACUGCUAUUGAUUUGUGGGAUAAUCAAUUCUUAUUCUGGUCAGUUAUUGGUGGAUUUGUUACCGUGUUCCCAGUCGUUUACAUCCCAGUUAUCAACACUAAAGUAUUUCUUCAUAAGGCUAUUGGAUGGGAAUGGGGAGUUGCGAUUGCAUGUUCGGUAUUGUUCCUCCUUGGUGCUGAAGCUUGGAAAUGGGGCAAACGUGUGUUCUUUAGAAGAUUGACCAACAAAAAGGCGAACAAUCCUGAAUAUGAAUUGGAAAGAAAUGAUCCGUUCCAAAGAUAUGCAUCCUUCUCAAGAUCAGGUACUAUGGAUAACCAAAAAUUCUUGGUUUAA